AGCCAGUCUCUCCACAGUGUGUGAGAUAGGGCGGAGCGGCUCAGAGCAGCUGAGACGCUCCACGGCGGGAAAGAGACAGUAGAACAGAAAGGCAGCGUUUACCGAGCUUGUCUAGAAGGGAGUCCACCCGGUUCACCUGCUUUGGAGCUCUCACUCGUGGCUCACAUGCGCAGAAGAAAGACCAGGAUUGGCUAGUGCGGCUCAAAUUCUUCCCCCGACCAAUCCAGAUGCCGCGGAGGAAUUGGGCCUGGCCCUCACUGGCGGGCGAGGAUGCGCCCGCGGGUUUCGUCCUGUCGCAGCUGCUCGCGCCAGUUGUUCUGGUCUGCGCCAUGGAGUCGGGGCUUGUCCGGCGUUUAGCCCCGCGCCUGGGCAUCACGGAGCCCAAAGUCCUGAGGAAAGCAGAGGAGUACUUGCGACUGUCCCAGGUGAAGUGUACUGGCCUGUCUGCACAUACCACAGAAACCAGCAAUGCAGUCAUGUGCCUGGACCUUGCAGCUUCCUGUAUGAAGUGCCCAAUGGACAGAGCUUGUUUAAUUAAACUGUCUGGCUUGAACAAGAAAAUGUAUCAGAGCUGUUUUAAAUCUUUUGAGUGUUUGCUGGGCCUGAAUUCAAAUGUUGGAAUAAGAGACUUAGCCGUACAAUUUAGCUGCACAGAAGCAGUCAGCAUGGCUUCAGAGAUACUGCAAAGCUAUGAGUCCAGUCUUCCACAAACACGGAAAGCGGAUCUUGACUUAUCCAGGCCUCUCUUCACCACUGCAGCACUGCUUUCAGCAUGCAAGAUUCUGAAGCUAAAGGUGAAUAAAAAUAAAAUACUAACCAUUUCUGGUGUAAAAAAAGCCAUAUUUGAUCGACUGUGUAAACAAUUAGAAAACAUUGGGCAGCAAAUCAACAGAGAGCCUGGAGAUUCAGCUAAUCAACCACGAAAAAAAAGGAAGACAUUGGUUGAACUGCCAGCAAAGGAAACAGAGAAGGUAGAGAUCCCACAUGAACUGCAUAGAGAUGAAGAUCUGACACAGGAUUAUGAAGAGUGGAAAAGGAAAAUUUUGGAAAAUGCUGCCAAAAUCCAAAAUGGUACAGCAGAGAAAUUACAGCUUCCAGACUGCCAUGUACUGGAAGACAACAGUACAUCUGCCAGCUCAAGGAAGAUGUAAGGGCUUUGGAAUUUUGUUAGAACUUUUAUAACAGGGAUCCUAAGACUAUUGACUUUAUAGCAAAGAAUGGGAGCUGAAUUCUGUGCAGCAGGCUGGCCCCUGACACAGGCCAUCAAUUCAUAUAAUCAGCCACUAUGCCUGCUUGGCAUAGCCUUGACUCCCCACAAGUCUGUAUUCAUGCAAAAUGAAAGUGAAGCCAUUUUGCUUUUUUGUUUUGUUUUAAGCAAACGACAGCCUCCUGUCCUGUCCAGAAUGAAACUCAGCCAAGUUUUUGUCCAUGUUCCUUGGUUUGACUGAGUCAGUAUAUGGGAAAGCCUAAAUUAAUAAAUAUUAUUACAUGUGUUCA